AGUUCUCAGAAUGACUCUAGAAAUGAACAAGCCAUCAGGAUGCCAGCACUGCCUCUGGAUGAGCUCCAGCUGACACAAAGGGAUCCCAAGACAGGGAAGCUGAGAACUUUGCCAGCACUGCACCCAGACAUCAAAGCUGAUCGGUCCUUCGUGCUCUACAAACCCCCUCCUGCUGUCAGGGACCCUGCUCUGCUGGAGGAGUUCCUGGAGAGAGCCAAGUUCAUUGCAGAUGACCUGAACUGGCUCCUGGCUUUGCCUCACGACAAAUUCUGGUGCCAGGUGAUAUUUGAUGAGACCCUGCAGAAGUGUUUGGACUCCUACCUGUGCCGUGCCCCCCGCAAGUUCGACGGGAUGUGGGAUUGCCAUCCAGAGGUGCAGGAUGUGCAGAAAUCCCUCCAUCACAGCGUCUUCCUCACCUUCCUCAGGAUGUCCACCCACAAGGAGUCCAAGGAACAUUUUAUCACUCCCUCUGUCUUUGGAGAAAUCAUUUACAACAACUUCUUGUUUGACAUCCCAAAGAUUCUGGAUCUCUGUGUGCUUUUUGGGAAAGGAAAUGGCCUCCUGCUCCAGAAGAUGAUUGAAAAUAUCUUCACUCAGCAGCCAAGUUACUUCGGUGACCUGGAUGAGACUCUGCCCACUGUCCUCCAGGUGUUCAACAACAUCUUGCACAAGUGUGGUUUGCAGUGUGAAGGAGCCUCUGCUGAGCCCCAGAAGCUGGAAGAGAAAGUCAGUGUGACUGCAGGGAACAUGCCCCUCCAGGAGCUGAAGGACAUUGUGCUGUAUUUAUGUGACACCUGCACAACACUCUGGGCCUUUCUUGAUGUCUUCCCCUUGGCUUGCCAGACCUUCCAAAAGCACGAGUUUUGUUACAGGUUAGCUUCAUUUUAUGAGCUGGCAAUUCCUGAGCUGGAAUCUGCAAUCAAGAAGAGGCAUUAUGAGGAUAACAGUGUUUUUGCUGAUUUGUGGAGGAGGAUUUCACAUUCCAGGAAGAAGAUGAUAGAAGCUUUUCACAUCCUAAUAAACCAAGUCUGUCUGCAGCCCAUCUUGGAGAGCAGCUGUGAGAAUAUUCAGCCAUUUAUUGAGGAAUUUCUACAGAUCUUCACCUCAGUGCUUCAGGAGAGGAGAUUUCUCCGUGACUACGACGAGCUGUUCCCCGUUGAGGACGAUGUCAGCCUGCUCCAGCAGGCAUCCUCCACUCUAGACGAGACCAGGACAGCCUAUAUCCUCCAGGCAGUGGAAAGUGCCUGGGAAGGGGUGGACAGGAAGAAAGGACAGGUUGUGAAAGAUCCAGCAGCAGCAGCAGCAGCAUCUACUGGAGCAUCAGCAGUAGUGGAGAGCUCUGCUGAGGACAGGGAGGAUCCAGGAGCUGCCUGUGCACCGGGGAAUGAGUGUGCUGGUGCAGCGGCCGCGCCCGUCGCCUGCGUGUCCGGCGUGGAGCUGGACUCCCUCAUCUCCCAGGUGAAGGACCUGCUGCCUGACCUCGGGGAGGGAUUCAUCCUGGCCUGCCUGGAGGAGUAUGGAUACAACACAGAGCAGGUGAUCAACAACAUUCUGGAAGAUAAGCUGGUGCCACACUUGGACAAGCUGGACCGAAGGAUGCAAAGGCAGCUGAAGCCAGACCCUACUCCCCUGGUCACCUCCCGCUGUAAUGUUUUCCAGAAUGAUGAGUUUGAUGUUUUCAGCAGGGACUCAGUGGAUGUGUCUCGGAUACAGAAAGGCAAGAGGAGGGAGAAGGACACGACCAGGAGCCUGGUGAACGACAAGAGCCUGGUGCUGGAGCAGAGGGAGAGGUACAGCCAGUACAGGGUGGUGGUGGAGGAGCUGCCCCUGGGCCCGGGGCAGGCCCAGCCCUACGGGGACUACGAGGACGAGUACGACGACACCUACGACGGCAACCAAGUGGGGGCCAACGACGCCGACUCGGACGAUGAGCUCAUCAGCAGGAGGCCAUUCACAAUUCCUCAGGUCCUCAGGCCUAAGGGACAGGAGGAGGGACAGGAGGAGGAGGAAGAGGAUGAAGAGGAGGAGGAGGAGGAAGCUGAAAAGGAAAGAACAAAGGACCACUUUGUGCAGGACCCCGCUGUCCUGCGGGAGAGGGCCGAGGCCAGGCGCCAGGCCUUCCUGGCGAGGAAGGGGUACAAGCACGACAGCUCUGCCGUUGUUGGGAAUGCCAAGGGCCACGGGCAGAACCGGGAGACGGUGCAGGAGCGGAGGAAGAAGGAGGCGAACAAGAGCACCAGGGCCAACCACAGCCGGCGGGCCAUGGCCGACAGGAAGCGCAGCAAGGGCAUGAUCCCCUCCUGAGGGACUCCUGCCGGGGGUGGCACCGUCCCCAGCCUCCUGCUCGGGAGUUGGUGUCCUCGGCAUUCCCUGUGGUCAGGGGCUGGAUGUCCUGGUUCAACACCUGGCACUGCAGCUCGCCUGGAACGGCGUUCCCUGUGGGAGCGCUGCCUGUUCCCGGGGAGGAGCAGGCCCUGAGCCUCCUCAGUUCACAGACACACACGUGUGUGCUGGUGGCUGCACCCAAUACACUGGACAGGCUGCACCAGCCCCUCCUUCCCUUUUGUACUAUUUAUAAUUCGCAGAGUUUUAUUUUCAUACUGAUCCCUGUGCCCUCCCUGCCACUCCUGAGGGCUCUGUGGCCUCCCUGGGACAGCCCCCAGCUCUCUGCUCCACUGAAAUGCCUUAUCCUGAACUGGAAUCAUAGAAUAUCCCAAGGAAGGGACCCACAAGGAUCAUCCAGGCCAACUCCUAUCCCUGCACAGACACCCCAACAUGUCCCUGC